GGAAGUCAGAUGACCUUUUCUCUUUCUCUGCUCUCUGCCUCUCCCUGCCCCUAAAGUGGACACCAUGGACCCACUAAUGGCUCUCCUUUGCCUACUGCCCCUAUACCCAGGCUUGGAUGCAGCCCCUCCAUCCUGCCCUCAGAACGUGCAAAUCUCUGGUGGCAAUUUCACCCUCAGCCAUGGCUGGGCCGCUGGGAGUGUCCUCAUCUACUCUUGUCCCCUGGGCCGUUACCCAUCCCCGGCGUCUCGGAUGUGCUCGAGCAGUGGACAGUGGCGGACCGUGAGAUCCACCCGGCUGACAAAGGCAGUCUGCAAACCUGUUCGUUGCCCAGCACCUGUUUCCUUUGAGAAUGGCAUGUAUACCCCACGGCUGGGGUCCCAUCCUGUGGGCGGCAACCUGAGCUUCGAGUGUGAGGAUGGCUUCAUGUUACGGGGCUCACCUGUGCGGCAGUGUCGCCCCAACGGCAUGUGGGAUGGGGAGACGGCCGUGUGUGACAAUGGCGCAAGCCACUGCCCCAACCCGGGCAUUUCAGUGGGCUCAGUGCGGACGGGGUCUCGAUUUGGCCUUGGGGACAAGGUCAGCUAUCGCUGCUCCUCAAAUCUGGUGCUGACGGGGUCUGCAGAGCGGGAGUGCCAGGACAAUGGGGUCUGGAGUGGGACAGAGCCCAUCUGCCGCCAGCCCUACUCUUAUGAUUUUCCUGAGGAUGUGGCCCCUGCCCUGGGCGCCUCCUUGUCCCACAUGCUUGGAGCCACCAAUCCCACCCAGAAGAAGAAGGAAACUGUGGGCCGAAGAAUCCAAAUCCAGCGCUCUGGUCACCUGAACCUCUACCUGCUCCUGGACGCCUCUCAGAGUGUGGCGGAAGAAGACUUUCACAUCUUCCAGAACAGCGCCAUCCUCAUGGUGGACAGGAUCUUCAGCUUUGAGAUCAAUGUCAGUGUCGCCAUCAUCACCUUUGCAUCAAAGCCCAAAAUCAUCAUGUCUGUCCGGCACGACAGCUCCCGGGAUGUGACCGAAGUGAUCAGCUGUCUGGAGAACAUCAAAUAUAAAGACCAUGAAAAUGGAACCGGAACCAACAUGUACGAGGCCCUAAAUAGUGUCUAUAUCAUGAUGAAUAACCAAAGGGAACGCUUCAUUAUGGACAUGGCGGCCUGGAAGGAAAUCCGACACGCCAUCAUCCUUCUGACAGAUGGAAAGUCCAAUAUGGGGGGCUCUCCCAAGCCAGCUGUUGACAAUAUCAAGGAGAUUUUGAAUAUCAACCAGAAGAGGAACGACUAUCUGGACAUCUAUGCCAUCGGGGUGGGCAAGCUGGAUGUGGACUGGAAAGAACUGAAUGAGCUGGGCUCCAAGAAGGACGGCGAGAGGCACGCCUUCAUCCUGCAGAACACACAGGCUCUGUACCAGGUCUUUGAGCACAUGCUGGAUGUCUCCCAGCUCAUAGAUACCAUAUGUGGGGUGGGAAACAUGUCAGCUAAUGCCUCCGCCCAGGAGAGAACACCCUGGCAUGUCACUAUCAAGCCCAAGAGCCAGGAGACCUGCCGAGGGUCCCUCAUCUCAGACCAGUGGGUCCUGACAGCCGCUCACUGCUUCCGCCAUGCCGACGAGGACCGUUCCCUGUGGAGGGUCAACGUGGGGGAUCCCAACUCCCAGUGGGGCAAAGACUUCCAAAUUGAGAAGGUGGUGAUCUCCUCGGAGUUCAACGUCUUUGCCAAGAAGCCUCAGGGAAUCCUGGAGUUCUAUGGUGAUGAUAUUGCCCUGCUAAAGCUGGCCCAGAAAGUGAAGAUGUCCUCCCAUGCCAGGCCCAUCUGCCUUCCCUGCACGGUGGGGGCCAAUCUGGCUCUGAGGAGACCUCCAGGCAGCACCUGCCGAGAGCACGAGAACGAGCUUCUGAACAAACUGAGUGUUCCUGGUCAUUUUGUGGCCUUGAAUGGGGGCAAACUGAACAUCCACCUUAAAACAGGGACCGAGAGGACAAGCUGUAUCGAGGUCGUCUCCCAAGACAAAAUAAUGUUCCCCAAUUUAACAGAUGUCAGAGAGGUGGUAACAGACCAGUUCCUAUGCAGUGGGACUGGGGAAGAUGACAAUCCCUGCAAGGGUGGGCCUGCAAUUCGUUGCCCAAGACCACAGGACUUUGAGAAUGGGGACUACUGGCCCCGGUCCCCCUACUACAAUAUGAGUGACCAGAUCUCUUUCCACUGCUAUGAUGGUUACACUCUCCGGGGCUCUGCCAAUCGCACCUGCCAAGUGACUGGUCGGUGGGAUGGGCAAACGGCCAUCUGUGACAAUGGAGCGUCGUACUGCCCCAACCCAGGCAUCCCCAUUGGCACAAGGAAGGUGGGCAGCCAGUACCGCCUUGAAGACAGUGUCACCUACUACUGCAGCCGGGGGCUCAUCCUGCGUGGCUCCCAGCAGCGAACAUGCCAGGAGGGUGGCUCUUGGAGCGGAACAGAGCCUUCUUGUCAAGACUCCUUUAUGUACGAUACCCCUGGAGAGGUGGCCGAAGCCUUCCUGUCUUCCCUGACGGAGACUAUAGAAGGAGUUGAUGCUGAGGACGGGCACAGCCCAGGGGAACAACAGAAGAGGAAGAUUGUCUUGGACCCCUCGGGCUCCAUGAACAUCUACAUGGUGCUGGAUGGAUCAGACAGCGUUGGGGCACGCAACUUCACAGGGGCCAAGAAUUGUCUCAAAGACUUCAUUGAGAAGGUGGCAAGUUAUGGGGUGAAGCCAAAAUAUGGUCUAGUGACAUAUGCCACAGACGCCAAAACUUUGAUCAGAGUGACUGAACCAGAGAGCAGCGAUGCAGAGUGGGUCACGGAGAAGCUCAACAAAAUUAGCUACGAAGAUCAUAAAUUGAAGACGGGUACUAACACCAAAAGGGCCCUCCAGGCAGUGUACAGCAUGAUGAGCUGGGAAGGGGACACUCCCCCUGAAGGCUGGAACCGCACCCGCCAUGUCAUCAUUCUCAUGACUGAUGGUUUGCACAACAUGGGUGGGGACCCAGUCUCUGUCAUUCAGGAUAUCCGGGCCUUGCUGGACAUUGGUAGGGAUCGCAAAAACCCCAGGGAAGAUUAUCUAGACAUCUAUGUGUUUGGGGUUGGGCCUCUGGUGAACCAAGAAAACAUCAAUGCUUUGGCUUCCAAGAAAGAUAAAGAGCAACAUGUGUUCAAAGUCAAGGACAUGGAAAACCUGGAGAAUGUUUUCAUCCAAAUGCUUGAUGAGACACGGACUCUGGGUCUCUGUGGCAUGGUGUGGGAGCACAAGGAAGCUACUGAUUACCACAAGCAACCAUGGCAGGCCAAGAUCUCAGUCACUCGCCCUUUGAAGGGACAUGAGAACUGCAUGGGGGCUGUGGUGUCUGAGUACUUUGUGCUGACAGCGGCACACUGUUUCACGGUGGAUGACCAGAAACACUCAAUCAAGGUCAGCGUGGGAGGGAAUAAGCAGGACUUGGAGAUAGAAGAAGUCUUUUUUCACCCCAAGUACAACAUCAAUGGGAAAAAAGCAGAUAAAAUUCCUGAAUUUUAUGACUACGAUGUGGCCCUGGUCAAGCUCAAGAAGAAGCUGAUAUAUAGUGAGACUCUCAGGCCCAUCUGUCUCCCCUGCACUGAGGGAACAAGUCAAGCUUUGAGGCUUCCUCGGUCAACCACUUGCCGGCAGCAGAUGCAAGAGCUGCUCCCUGCAAAGGAUGUCAAAGCUCUGUUUGUGUCUGAGUUGUCCAAGGAUAGAAAGAAGAUGCUGGUUCGGCAGGAGGUCUACAUCAAGAAUGGGGAAAAGAAAGUCGGAUGUGAGCGAGAUGCUCUAAAGGCCCCAGGCUAUGAGAAAGUCAAAAACGUCUCUGAGGUGGUCACCCCCAGGUUCCUUUGCACUGGAGGCGUGACUCCCUAUAGUGACCCCAACACUUGCAAAGGUGAUUCUGGAGGCCCCCUAAUUAUUCACAAGAGGAGUCGCUUCAUUCAAGUUGGCGUGAUCAGCUGGGGCGUAGUGGAUGUCUGCAGAGACCAGCGGCGGCGGCAACAGGUGCCUGCUCAUGCCAGAGACUUUCACAUCAACCUCUUUCAAGUGCUGCCCUGGCUCAAGGACAAGCUCCAAGACGAGGAUUUGGGUUUUCUGUGAGGGCUUUGCUGCUAGAAAGGGACAUGAGGUCAAAUUAAAACAGCUGCAACAGUA